GGACUUGAGUGAGGCAGGCGUGGUCCACCAAAGUCAGUGGUGUCGGUGAUUGCUUUGUGGUGUGAGACGAAGUCCGCUACAAGUGGGCAACAGUGACUUGCAGAGACAACACAGUCCUCACAUGUGGAAUGUGCAACAUGGACCAUCCAGCGUAUCAUGGACCCAUAGGCAAACAGAGGUGCGAGGAGCUGCUUGGCAAGGAAGGAAAGGAUGGAACAUACCUCAUUCGAGAGAGUGAAACCCUCCAGGGAGCUCUCUGCCUCUGUGUGUACAAUCAAAAAGUGGUCUGUACAUACAGAAUUCACCAAACCCACACCGGGCAAUUCACAGUACAGACUAAUUCAGGUGUAGAGGAGAAGUGUUUCAAGUCUUUGAAGGACCUAAUUCGUCAUUAUAAGCAGAGGAAUCAAGGACUCGCAACUCACCUUCGUCAUGCACUGAAAAGAAAAAUGCUGCAAGAACAGCCUCGAUGUCCAGAGCCACUUGUGCCUGAUGAGGAAAAUGACUAUGAAAACGUUGACGGAUCUGGGGACUAUGUUGUUCUUUUGCCAGACUGAUGUAUCCACAAUGUGAAAUUCUGAGUGGAAACAGAAUCAACCAAUAAGGAUACAGAGAUUGUGGAAGGUCUUGGAAGGAACUCUUACAUUUUCUGUUUUCAUCCUCAUCCUUUUGACAUUUCAGUACAUUUUCAUAUGUGCAUUUUCGCCAAAUUUGGGAAUUGAAUGUGGAGUCACAUGAUAUGAAUCUGACAUGACAUUCUUUACCAUUGAGAAAUGGUACAUUUCAGGAAUGUGAAUGUACUUAAAUGCUGUAAUGGCAAGGAAGAGAUCAUGAAGCUGUAAAGAUCUGCCUUUUUUUUUUUUUUUUUUUCUGACACCUACAGUCACCUACUUUAUUUUGAAGAUGAGUAUUUUGAAGUAUUUUGAAUAUUUUAAGUAAUUCUAAAGAAUCAGAAGGUAUGUCCAAACAUUUGACUGGUAAAGUUAAUUUUUAAACCAUUGUUGUGCCUGUGGUUCUGUUUUUCCUUAAAAAGUCAACCAAUAAAGACUUUGUAGUUGAUUUGCUGUAUAGUUAUACUAAUCUGGGUGGUAGAUAAAUAUUUUGUAGCUUUCUUUUUUUCUUAACAGAUAAUAAUUCAAGCACAAGAGAUUUUAAAUGUGCAAAUAUUAUUCUGUUGUAGAUGGAUAUUAGUAUGAGUUAUGAGCUGUAUUUUAUGUAUAAAUUACAUAUUUCAGUGUUUCACAACCUUUUUUCUGCCAUGGCACACUUUUUACAACUAAAUAAUUAUACUGCACACCACUAUCCCACAUAGGCUAACUAUCAUCAAUACGUUUCCUUUUCAAGAAUUUGUCCAUGUUUUCUGUCCUUCUUAGCAUGUUUACUUGGAAUGUUUGAAAAUCGACUAGGCAAAAAAUAAAAUAAAUAAAU